CUGUACUUUUGUUUUAUGGAAUUUAUAAAGCAGUAUUUUUGUUUUUUGCCCCCUACAACAUCUAAUUUCCUCUCGCCUGCAUUUGCAUAAAGCUGUAUUUUUGUGUUAUGCCCCUUGUAAAAUCCAAUCUUCCUUAGGUCUACAGUUAUUAUAAAAUCUCAUUCCACUCACAAUUUUGAAGCACAAAACUUUAGUCUUUCUUACUUUAAUUCAUCAGUAAGAAGGCAGCAUGGAGAAGAUUUCAGAAACAGCUGGUCAGGUCAUAAGAUGCAAAGCUGCGGUUGCUUGGGAAGCCGGGAAACCACUGGUGAUUGAGGAUAUAGAGGUGGCGCCUCCAGAAGCAAUGGAAGUCCGUGUGAAGAUACUUUACACUUCCCUUUGCCACUCGGAUGUGUACUUCUGGGAAGCUAAGGAUCAGUUACCAAUUUUUCCUAGGAUCUUCGGCCAUGAAGCAGGAGGGAUUGUAGAAAGUGUUGGGAAGGGUGUUACAGAUCUGGCACCAGGAGAUGUAGUGUUGCCAAUAUUUACAGGUGAGUGCGGGGAGUGCGUUGAUUGCAAAUCAGAGGAGAGCAACUUAUGCAGGCUUUUAAGGGUAUUUCCUGACAGGGAAGUUAUGAUUAGUGAUGGAAAGUCCAGGUUCUCAAUCAAUGGAAAGACAAUAUACCAUUUUCUAGGCUCCACCUUUAGUCAAUACACUGUUGUUCCUGCUGGUUGCAUUGCUAAGAUCAAUCCUCUAGCUCCCUUGGAGAAGGUUUUUAUUCUUGGUUGUGGCAUUUCAACAGGUUUUGGUGCUGUCCUCAAUGUUGCAAAACCAUUCAAGGGUUCGACGGUGGCCAUUUUUGGCUUGGGUACUAUCGGCCUUGCCGCGGCCGAAGGUGCUCGAUUGUCUAAGGCUUCCAGGAUUAUUGGCAUUGAUAUAAAUCCUAAGAAGUUUGAUCAGGCAAAAAAGUUUGGAGUCAUGGAGUUCGUUAAUCCAAAAGACUAUGACAAACCUAUUCAAGAGAUACUUGUUGAAAUGACCGAUGGAGGAGUUGAUAGAAGCAUUGAGUGCACUGGUAAUGUGGAUGCCAUGGUGGCUGCUUUUGAAUGUGUUCGAAGUGGCUGGGGUGUUGCUGUCUUGGUUGGUUUACCACCUAAAAAUGCAGUGUUAAAGUUAAACCCUGCACAUUUCAUGAUGGAUUCAAAGGCUAUCAAGGGUACUACAUUUGGAGACUACAAACCUCGUUCUGAUUUGCCCAUACUUGUUGAGAAAUGCAUGAACAAGGAGCUAGAAUUGGAGAAGUUCCUAACUCAUGAUGUGCAAUUCUCUGACAUCAGCAAGGCUUUUGAAUACUUGCACAAAGGUGAAAGUCUUCGCUGCAGAAUCCGUAUGGAUGCCUAAAGACAAAAGCUGUGAUCAACAGCAAAUCAAUAAACCUUUUUAUUUGUAAACAUGAGAAAAUAAAGUUUUAUCAUCUUAAAAGGUACUCUGGGUUGCAUAGCAGAUCAGUGAGUACAUGAUGAUGCGUCAAUAAAGAGGGGUUAGAGCAAAUAGAGUUACCAGAUCGGAAAACUCAUUGGGGCAAAACCAAGCCAAUGGGGGCAUAUGCAAUGACUUGAUUAUUAAUUUUGAUUCUUUUUGAAUCUAUAAUUUGUGGAGCUUGAAAGAUCAAUGGAUUGAUUAAUAUAAUGAAUUGCCUAUUUGUAUGAUCGGCAUUUGUUUAUUUGUACA